UUCACCACAGACUGCUUAAAAACAAAAGCGCUGGCUAGUGCAGGAUAAAGAUACUCAGCUUGUUCUUCUCCGGUCUAGACAUCACAUCAUUAGCCAAGUCAGCUACUUUAGCUUGAUAUUUUUGACAAAAUGUCAACCACGACCGGCGGCGGAGAGUUUGGCAAUCCUCUACGGAAGUUCAAGCUCGUCUUUUUGGGUGAACAGAGUGUUGGGAAGACCUCACUCAUCACCAGGUUUAUGUAUGACAGUUUCGACAACACUUACCAGGCAACAAUUGGCAUUGACUUUUUGUCAAAAACCAUGUACCUAGAAGAUCGCACUAUUCGGCUGCAGCUCUGGGAUACAGCCGGACAGGAGCGUUUCCGCAGCCUCAUCCCCAGUUACAUCCGCGACUCAGCCGCCGCUGUGGUGGUUUAUGACAUAGCCAACCUUAAUUCAUUCCAGCAAACCUCAAAAUGGAUUGAUGAUGUAAGAACAGAGCGAGGAAGUGAUGUCAUUAUCAUGCUUGUUGGGAACAAAACAGACUUGGCAGAUAAAAGACAGAUCACCACGGAGGAGGGCGAGCAGAGAGCUAAGGAACUGAAUGUCAUGUUCAUUGAGACCAGCGCAAAGACUGGCUACAAUGUCAAACAGCUUUUCCGGCGUGUUGCUGCUGCAUUGCCUGGGAUGGACAGCGCACCAGAGAAAAGCAAAGAGGACAUGAUUGACAUCAAACUGGAGAAACAGCCAGAGAUGGCUGUGACUGAGAGCAGCUGCUCAUGCUAGUACUCCUGAGCCCCACCCAGCCUGUCUCCUCCACACCAACAGCUUGUCUCUCAGUGGGCACUCUCCACCCAUGGCGCACUGCCAUCAGGAUGGAGGACCUCUUUUUUUUUUUUUUCUUCUUUUUUUUCCCUCCCCUUCCCUUUUCAACUCAGUGACUUUUCAAAGUAACCGUGUGGAUGUGCAUUACUGUAUUAAAUCAGAUUAUCUUGGGGAAAAAAAUAGUUCAGAAGCAAACAUUUAAAAGAAGGAAUAAGUUAAAUAUGUUCACUUUUCAUCCAGUUGCAUGGCAUUAUAUAGGACUGCAGACUGACAUAGCUAACCGCUCUUGAGUUAUUGCACAGUUAAGAAUCUUAGUGCUGUUACUCUUGUCGUUGUAAAGUUAAACUGCUUGGGAUUAUGUAAAUGAUUGCAAGGUUUAAUUCUCUAUCCAUUGUAUUUUUUUUUAUGUCAAAUGGAGAAUUUGCCUAAAACCAUUGUUUCUCUGACAGCUCAUUAUUUCUUGUCUCAUUUUGAAGAAGUAGAAACAGGAUCUUACAUCAUUUCAAACAUUUAUAUCACAAUUGACUCAAGUGAACCCUUUAUAUUGAAGAGGAUCAGUGGAAUAUUUUUUGUCACAUUUGUAGGCUUAAGCUGCCAAAUACAACAAUAUGUUACCAGACCAAAUUAACAAAAUGUCACUCAUUAGUUAAAACAGGCCUGCAAAAGGAUGAGGAACAGUAAUAAGGGAAUAGAAGUUCAUGAUCAUCAAAGGGAAGCCAUCCCUAAUUCAUUUAAUAACAACUAACCUUAAACUAUGUCUGCAUUAAAACUAUAUCAGCUGUCAACUCUUUACAAUGUUCUUAAAUUAGCUGCACGCAUACUAACACAACUGAGGAGGAUUGUUUGGUUAUUAGAUGGUCCAAAUGUAGGAAACGGGGGGGAUAAGUUUUGUUUUUCCACUCUUGAUGGAGACCACCAUCUCAUUGAUAGUUUGUGUUGUGUUGAUUACACUAUCGCGAGAACAUGCAGCAUGCUCACCAUGCAGGAUUUAUAUGGAUAAGAACACAGAUGCCUUGCUUGUUUGUUCACUAUGUUGUGCACUGAAUCAAGCCACAAUAUUGUAAAAUAUCAAAGAAGCCUGCUGAUGGCUUCACUAGAUGUUUUGUAGAGCAGGUGGAUAGACGUCCUCAGAAACAGCCAAUGCUUACUAACACCCUUGCUGUUAAAAAAAAAAAAAAAAAAAAAAAACUGCAGAGAAGUUAGUUGCAAUAUCUUUUGCUGUAUUGCUAUUACUCAUGUAGGACUGUUGGUUUUAUGCAUUUAUUUAUUUUGUAACUUGGACUUACAGAUGACAAAAUACGCUCGACCAAAAGUACAGAUGCUGACACGCAUGUUAAAAGUUUAUUUUAUUUAUUGUUUGCGUGUCUGCUGAGGCUCCACCUGAAGGCCUGGUAGUGUUUUCUUUUGUGUAGUCAGUAGCUUGGUUUACAGUCACAGGCAAAGGCUGCACCAUCUACACCCAAAAAACUCAACACAAUGUAUCAUAAUCCAAAUAACUAACCAUAACAAAACAAAAGGCACUGGUCGUUUGCUGUUGCUUGUUUUGAAAUGUCAGCCUUUUAAAAUUAAUCUAAAGGUUUAAUUAUUUAAGUACAUGAUGAACAAAGGUUUUAUUAUGAGCAGCUCUUCUGUUAUUUGUCACUGACUAAAAUAUCCAGCUUUGUGCUAUUCUGAAUUGUGUCUAUUUGAAAUAUGUCUACUCGUGUUUAGCAGCGUUUGUGUGAAUAAUGUACUAUUACUAUCUUAUGUAUAAAAAGAAAAGUUAAUGAAACACAGUGUAGGCCUAUCACAUGGAAUAAAAUAAAGGUAUUUCACCAAAGUGA